CUCGGGAAGGCGGGGCGGGUCAGCGCCUGGCGCCGCCCACGGUUGCCCGGGUGAUUUAGGGAGCGCUGCUGGAGGCAUUGUAGCCGAGGGGACCGAGGUUGGGGCUAUUAGGGAAGCUCCAGUCCCACCAGACUCCAGGAGCCGGUAUCCAUGGCGCAUGAAGGCACGAGAACUGGCAGGGACCGAGGGCAGGCCAGGGCCAAGGCGGAGAAGGUUCGUCCCCCUACGGUGCCUGUGCCUCAGAUAGAAAUUGUGCCUGGCCGUCUGAACGAAUCUGAAUGGAUCUCACUUAUGGGCAUUGAGGAGGGUGAGGAUGUGGUAGGGGAUGUCUUGGCUGAACUGCUGGCCCGUGUGAUGGAUGCUGCUUUCAAGGUCUACCUAGCCCAGCAGUGUAUCCCGUUCACCAUCAGCCAGGCUCGAGAGGCCAUGUUGCAGAUCACUGAGUGGCGAUUCCUUGCGAGGGAUGAGGGUGAGACAGAUGUGGCCGAAGACCCCACAUGGGGGGAGGAUGAGGAGCCUAAGGCUAGCACCACAGACACCUGGGCUCAAGGGUCUGUGCCUGUGCUGCAUGCACCUUCCCCUGCUAUUCCCCCAGGACUUGAACCCUCCUCCCAACCUGAGGGCACUGAGAUUGGGGACCAGCUCCCCUUGCAUCAGAAGAGUUGGAUCUCAGUCCCUGAGGAUCAGAGCUUGUCUUUCUGGGAACCUCCUGAAUUGAGGCCCACCCCAGGUCCCCCCCCAACACCAGAACCCUCUUCACAUAGCCCCCAACACUUUGUCUUGCCCCACCCCUGUCUAGAGUCAAGUCCUAUCCUGAGCAGUUAUCCCUCUCUGGAUCUUUCUAUAUGGGAGAGUUCCCAGUUUUCUUUGGAAGUGGCCAGCCCAGUGAGUCCACAUCCUUCUUUAGAUAUGUCCCUAUGGGGAAGUCCUCAGACAUCCCUAACUUCACAGCCUGGUUAUAUUCCGUCUCUUUCACAGAGCCCCAACCCUCUUUCCCAUCCCACCGGGGGUGGGGACAGCUCAGGCCAAGUGGAAGACACUGGUUUACCUUCCCCCUACUAUCUGUCAGUACCUCUUCCACCAUUCCUGGCUAGUCCUCCCUGGGGCCUCCCAAGAGCCCAGCCUAUCCCAGCUCCUGUACCUACACUUACCCCCUCAUUGCUGCCUGCUGCCUCUGCCAAGUUCAUGCGCUUACAGCGAGGGCGGUCAUACCUGGCAUCAGGUCUGGUGUAUGAUAAGAUGGGACGAAUCAUAGCCAUGGAUCCACUGGAUCCUACCCAUCUACCCCAGCACCAAAUUCAGCCCCUGGCCAAAGUUGUGGUCCCUGAGGCAGAGGUCCACCCACUGGAGUCCUACAAGGAACAAAGGAAGCAUGUAAAGUAUGGGAACAGGUUCAAAUUCCAAUUGCCUGGCCGCCACUGCCCCAUACCCCACUUCCAUCGUGGUUUUCCUUUCCCCAGCCCAGGGCUUCCCUUCCCAGCCCCUGGCUUUGAGUUCCCCUCCCAGAACCAGCGCUUCCCUCCUCUGAAGCGGUGGUCUAGCAUCCAGUGGCCAUGUGGAUUGGAGGGGGCAGCAGAUCUGUUGCAGAUGCAGCCGCUGGGUUCAAGUCUUAUUCCAGGAAUGGGAUCAGUACAGAUCCCAAGGUCUGAUCUGAGUAUGCUUCCUCACCAUGGUCCAAGAGUCCUGGAAGCCACCUCCCAGCUGAUAUGGAAACCUUCCCUACUGCUGGACACAAUGAAACUGAAGCCUCAUGUGAGCCUCUGGAAUCCAAGCAAAAACACCCAUCGAAGUGGCGGUAUUCCUUCCCAUAUGGAAAGAGAGCAGCCCCCUGGUCCACCUAAGGAGCCCUCUGAGCAGCGGCCCAUCCAGACACAUGCUCUUAACCCUCAGGUCACUGUGACUCAGUUGCUGAAGGGCUCCCCACCCAAAGUUCGGGCCCUUCCCUCUCUGGACACCCUCAGCACCACCCUCCCUGAGGAGUCCUGA